GGCAGCCCAGCCCAGACUAUGACAGCGUAUCGGCCUGUGCUUGAGAGCUGCGACGUGGGGGGCCUGGACCACACAGGGGGCGAUUACCCCUCUUCAGGAUCCUGGCCCCAGAAUGGCUGCGCCCCACAUGUGGAUGAUGCUUCCCCUUUGCGACCGGCCACCACAACCCCUGCUGUGCCCAAAAUGGGCGUGCGGGCCCGGAUUGCUGACUGGCCCCCCAAAAGAGAAGGGUUGAAGGAUCCAGCUGCCUCCGGUGCUGCCAAGGCCCCAGAGGCCCCGGGCCCCAUGCUGUGGGAGCUUCAGAACGGGCAGCCACCCAGGGAGGCCGCCUUCUCCUCGGGGCCGAGACCUUCCCGGCGCCUGGCCUGGAGGAGGUCCAAGGACACCGAGUUCCAGGAUGGGUGGCCGCACUCUCCCGGCAGGGCAUUCCUGGCACUGAGGAACAGGAGCAACAGUGAGGUCACCCUGAGCGAGUGCGACCUGGAAGCCGCGGUGGAGCUGGCCGGUGGCCUCCCGCUCUUCCGUGAGUACGGCAGCACAUCCUCCAUCGAUGCGCAGGGCCUCUCCGAGCAGAGCUUCUAUGAGAUGCUGAAGGAGUUCCGGAGUGGGAAGGCAGCGACUAGUCAGCGGCAGCGGCUGGUGGAUCCCUUGCACACCGCCAGGAACGCCAAGGCAGAGGCCCGGCCAGAACCGGGGUUGCCCCUUCACCCCAAGGAGAAGCCCCGCAAGAAGGGCCUCCGGGGGGCAGAGGGGGGUGGGGGGGACUCCAUCUUCCGGAAGCUGCGGAGUGGCCGGGCAGAGGGAGACGGCAGCAGGGCCCUGGGGGAGGGGGAGGAGGUGGGCCGGGGCUGGCUGUGCCCGAAGAGCCUGGCCCACUACGACGUCCAGAGCCUGCUCUUUGACCUGAAUGAGGUGAUGGCCAAGCGGGUCUGUGUGGCUCAGCGGAGGAACACCACCACGGGGGCUUCGGCUGCCUCCGCAGGCUCAGCUGCUGCUGCCGUCGGCGGCCUGGCUGGCCUGGAUCCACCCAGCACCUUCUUCAGCCUUGAGGACCUGAACUCCAAGGAGAAUCUGGAGCACGAUCCAGGGGACAACAACAGCAACAGUCUGCUACUCAGCUGCCCUCACUUCCGCAAUGAGAUUGGAGGCGAGGGGGAGCGCAACAUUAGCUUUUCAUCUGCCUCCAUGGGUGGCUGUGGGGAGGGGGGCUUGGUGGAGACAGCCCCUGCCCCUUACUGCACAAACGCCAGCAUCUCUGUGCUCGAGACGCCGCAGGAGCUUCAGCAAAGUCUCAGCCGGUUGAAGCACUACAACAUUGAGCACGUGGACCUGGGUGCCCGGUACUACUGGGACUACUUCUCUGGCAAAGAACAUUUUAACUACUUUGGGGUGGAUGAGAAGCUGGGCCCUGUGGCGGUCAGCAUCAGGCGUGAGAAGCUGGAGGACCAUCGGGAUUACGGGCCUCAGUACCAGUACAGGAUUAUCUUUCGCACCAGCGAGUUGACCACCCUCCGCGGUGCCAUCCUAGAAGAUGCCACGCCCACCACCACCAAGCACGGCACCGUCCGUGGCAUCCCCCUGAAGGACGUGUUGGAGCACGUGGUCCCCCAGCUGAACACGCACUGCCUGCGCCUGGCCCCGACUGCGCCCCAUGUCUCUGAGCAGCUGCGGAAGCUGGACGAGCAAGGACUCUGCUGGAAACAUAAGGUGGGCGUCCUGUACUGCAAGGCCGGCCAGAGCUCAGAGGAGGAGAUGUACAACAACGAGGAGGCUGGCCCAGCCUUUGAGGAGUUCCUGGCCCUGCUGGGGGAGAAGGUCUGCCUGAGGGGCUUCCGCAAAUAUGCCGCGCAGCUGGACACCAAAACGGACUCCACCGGCACCCACUCCCUCUACACGACCUACCAGGGCUACGAGAUCAUGUUCCACGUCUCCACGAUGCUCCCCUACACCCCCAACAACAGGCAGCAGCUGCUGCGGAAGAGACACAUUGGGAACGACAUCGUCACCAUCAUCUUCCAGGAGCCGGGGGCCUUGCCCUUCACCCCCCAGAACGUCCGCUCUCAUUUCCAGCAUGUCUUCGUCAUCGUCUGCGCCCAGAGUCCCUGCACGGAGAGCGUCCGCUACAGUGUGGCAGUGACCCGCUCCAAAGACGUGCCCCCCUUUGGGCCGGCCAUCCCCAGUCCAGCCACCUUCCACAAGUCGGACGUCUUCCGGGAUUUCCUGCUUGCCAAGGUGAUCAACGCCGAGAAUGCUGCCCACAAGUCAGACAAGUUCCAUGCCAUGGCCACGCGCACGCGGCACGAGUACCUGAAAGAUUUGGCCGAGAACAGCAUCACCAGUACCCCCAUCGACUCCACGGGGAAGUUCAACCUGAUCUCCCUGGCCUCUAAGAAGAGGGAGAAGACGAGGGCCCGGGCUGGGGCUGAGCAGCAGAGCGCAGGGGCCCUCGUGUGGCGCGUUCUGGCCCAGGAUUACUCUCAGGGCAUGGAGAUGGAGUGUCUGCUGGGCAUCUCCAAUGAAUUUGUGGCCCUCUUGGACCUGGCCACCAAGGAAGUGGUCUUCAACUGCUUCUGCGCAGACGUGAUCGGCUGGACACCGGACAGCUGCAGCCUCAAAAUUUUCUAUGGACGGGGGGACCAUAUUUUUAUCCGGGCCCCGGAAAAUAAUCCUGAAGAAGUUAAAGAGAUUGUGCAGAGAUUGAGGGUCAUGACCUCUGGUGCCGAGACAGUGGAGAUGACCCUGCGGAGGAAUGGGCUGGGCCAGCUGGGCUUCCACGUGAAGUUUGACGGGACGGUGGCCGAGGUGGAGGACUACGGCUUCGCCUGGCAGGCAGGGCUGCGGCAGGGCAGCCGGCUGGUGGAGAUCUGCAAGGUGGCUGUGGUUACCCUCAGCCACGACCAGAUGAUUGACUGGCUGCGCACCUCCGUCACCGUGAAAGUGGUGGUCAUUCCGCCACACGAGGACGGCGUUCCACGAAGAGGGUGGGCCGAAUCCCUGAAGACGAGUACGAUGGAGCCCCGGGGGGAACCCGAAAGCCUGCCUGGGGGCUACCGGCCUCCGUACCGCAGCAACUCAGCCUGGCAGUGGAGUGGCUCUGCCACCCAUGGCUCCUCCCAGCCCCCCAAAUGGGCUGAGCAGCCAGGGCCUGGCCAGUCUCAGUCCCUCACCAGGACCCCAAAGCAGAGCGUCCUGAACCCUUACCGCCAGGCCCAGCCCCUGCAGGGCAAAAGGCCUGCCAGCUUCCCAGAGACCCCCCGUGUCAUCUCCUCCUCCCAGAGCGGCACAGAGAAGACCCCGUCAUACCGGCAGCCCUCAGGCAGCUUCUCCGUUCCAGGCUCCUCGGGAGGGUCCUUCGCCUGGUACAAGCCCUCCCCAGACAACUCUGUGCACAGGUAUGUGGUCCCCUUGCGGCCUCUGGGGCCUUUUGAGCCGCCCUGCCCCCCCGAGGUGACCCCAAACGGAGGCUCUUCGUCUGGCAGAGAAGGGCUGGCCAGCCAGGAGGGCAGCAUGGAGAGGCCCAAGCUGGAGCUGCUAUGGCACGUGCCGGGGCCCUCCAGGUUCUCCGCAGCUUCCGGGAACAAGCGGUCUGGCCAGGCGGAGCUGCCUGGCAAGGACUCCCCAGACCAGCCCCUCAAGGGCGAGGGGCAGACGUCCAGCAGCAACACGCUCUCCAGCAACGCCUCCAGUGCUCACAGUGAUGACCCAGCCGACCCCGGCGACAGCAUGCCCGAGCUCUGGGCCAAGGGCGGGGUCUCCAGCAACAGCACUAUCGAUGCCAGCGGUGCCACGUCCAUCCGGCGCAACCGAGUGCCUGUGUCCUCGCCCCUCUUUGGCCCUGCCCUCCCCGAAGGCCAUAGCAAGAGGGCGGAGGCAGCCUGGCCCGCUGGCCAUUUGGGCAGGCAGAGCUGGAAUUACUGCCCCAGGGCCUUCGGGAAAGGAACGGGCGGCCCCGCCCGGGCGGGCAACUGCAUUGCCCCAGAGCCCUUCAGGCAGGCCAGCCCCGGUGGCUCCAGGGGGACCUACCCCAUCCAGGUCUACAAGACGCCCCCUGCAGGUGGCUCCCGGGUGGCUCCCGGACCCCAGGCGGGCUCCUCCCAGCUCUCCGCUUCUGUGUCCAAGGCCGCCGCCUCCUCCAAGCAGAGCGGCCGGAGUGCCAGGCCCCAACCGGCCGGGUGGAAGAAGAGCCCCGAGGAGCCCCAGAAAGGAAUUGACGUGAGCACCAGGAAUGUCUUUGGGCAGCCUCGCCUGCGGGCUUCUCUGCGGGACCUUCGCUCCCCACGCAAGGCCCACAAGUCCACCAUUGAGGAUGACCUGAAGAAGCUGAUCAUCAUGGACCCCACCGGGCUGGAGCAGGAGGACCAGCUGGCCCCCCAGAAGACCCUCCAGCGGACCCUCUCGGAUGAAAGCCUGUGCAGCGGCCGGCGAGAGCCCACCUUUGCCAGCAGCGCCUGCUUUGAGCAGCCCCUUUCCAGCGACAUGCUCUUCACCAGCACCCUCCCUGGGCGGAGGCCGGCCAGCAGCGGCCGGGGGGGCUCCUUGGAGAAGGCCACCGUCUCGGCCUCUGAGCUCUCCCUGACCGAGGUGUGCGACCAGCCCCUGCGGCGCCUUGACCCUGCCCUGAUGCCCCUGCCGGACACAGCCGCGGGCCUGGAGUGGUCAAGCUUGGUCAGUGCUGCGAAGGCCUACGAAGUGCAGAGAGCCGUCUCCCUCUUCUCCCUCCAUGAGGCCAUGUUGAGCCCCGAGGCGGCCCCGGCUGGCAGCCCCGGCCUUGGGCACCUGAGCUUGGAGAGGCAGCCAGCGCCACCCACGGCUCCGGUCUUAAGCCAGCAGCCGGCGGACCUGAGCGGCAAGGUCUCCCACCUGGAAGCCAUGUUGAAGCAGCUGCACAGCGACCUGCAGAAGGAGAAGCAGGACAAGGUGGUGCUGCAGGCAGAAGUGGCCACGCUCCGGCAGAGCAACCAGCGGCUGCAGGAGGAGUCCCAGAGCGCCAACGAGCAGCUGCGCAAGUUCGCCCACAUCUUCUCCAGCGCCCUCGACAAAGAGGACCUGUGAGCGCCUGCCUGGGGCCCCCUUGGAGAGUUUGCCGCCUGCGCCCCCCCCCGGCCCCCCGCUGGCCUCGGCCGGAGGGAGGGUCUCUCUCGACACAGGAGGGGCCCUCCAGCCCCCCCAAGGGCCGGUCUGUGUCCAGAGGGCAGCCAAGUUUCUCAGAGCACUUUCUCACAACUAAAUUAUUUUCUAGGGAACGCAGAGCGCCUCAGGAAGGUUAAAGAAAAGGUUUAAAUGUCUACAUUCUUUAUAAAACACUAUAUUUGUAUCAAUGGUACUGUUUGUAAUCUUUUUCAGUUGCAUUUCUGUGCAUGUGACUGAAUCCAGCACCCUUGGUCCCUCUCCAUGGGCAGCAGGGCCGGGACCCUCUGCUGGCACAAAGCCAUAGAGGCCCAGGGGAAGGACCCCCCCCCGGGCCCUCCUGGGUGCCUGCUCUGGAGCGCAAGGGCUCUCUGAUGCCCCUCCUGGCCCUUGUGCCAGUCCUGUGCUGGGCUGGGCCGGGUGCGUCGUUGUCUCCACUAUGCUCAGGCCCCCGAAGGGGGUGUCCUGCUCGGGUGAGGCCUGGACCGCACAUGCUUCACGUGGCAAAACCAGCAUACAAUCUAUGCGAAGCCCACUCUGGUCCAGACCUGCCAGGGGUCAGCCUGACCCCCCCCCCCUUCCACCUGCCAGGGUUUCAGGGAACAGGCUGCGGCCUCCCUCCCCACCUUCCACUCUCGCCUUAAUGCCACAGGUGGGCAGAGGGCUCCUGUCCCCCCUUGGCCCCCCAGUGCGGGGAAGCCCAUCUCUGGGUGGGGUCAUGGGGAGAUCCGUGCCAGCCCCCCCACCCUUUCUCCUGGGCUCACCACCCCAGCAACCUUUCUAGUUUGUUUUUUAAAAAUUUUUGUAGUGGGACCUCACUGGAAUUUGCAUCCUAAGGAUCCCCCCCCCCACCUGGUGUCUGGCCUGGGACGGUCGGCCCGAUGCUCUCCUGCAGCUCUCAUGUCUAUCGGUUGUAUUACGUGUUCGUUUUUAAUUUUAUAAGGUUCUUUGCAGAUCAAAUCUGUAUUAUUUAAUUCUGCUCUGUCUUAAAGCUGCUGAUGGAGAGAACCAUCAGUUUUUGUAAAAUAAAUUCUCUAGUACU